AUGCUUGACCCCCCGCCACCUAAAACGAUCAAGGACACCCGCUACCCUCAAAUCGAACGCCUCGAGCAGAUGAUGGGAAGGACCAGUGUCUUUACUCAAUUGGGCCUCCCGACCAGGAGUGAACGGCCAGCGCCUCGCCCGACCCCCAUUCAAACGUUGCCUCUGACUUCUUUCUGGGACAGGCCCCCCGAUUCUAGCAUAAGCGUCCGGGGUGCUCUCCAAGCCUGGGGAUUCCCCAGGUUUAGUCUCCUCGAUCAACCGCGCAGCACCAUUGUCCCCGCAUCCUUGUCAAACCUGCAAAAAGAGGUGUUACUCGAAUUUGGAUUGGUUCAGGAAGCAUUUCUUCGCUCUCUAAGCUCUGCUAUUGUUAAGAUCCGGCAACGGGAUGGGGGUGGUUUCCGUAACCUGUCGAUUUUGAGGCUCGCAAAGAUAUCCAGCGGCCAUUUGAGACUCCUCUGUGAUGAUAGCUUUUGGGGGAGCUUACCGCAGUUGGACACCGUGCACCUCGGAGUGGUGCCAGAAUGGAGACGCAUGUCCCUCACGGAGCAGGCCGGUGUGAAUGAGGAGCAGGCCACGCCAUCUACGUCAGCGGAUACCGUGUUCGAGUUGCUUAGCGUUAUCUCUAAGCAGAAGAGGAUCUCCGUUCUGUUCUUCGAGUGGCUCUGUGGGGGUGAGUCCGGCCCCGGCAGCCAACGAAACCGGUUUAUCCUGCCCGCACCCUUCACGCGGCAUGCGGAACAGCAUUUAGAUCCCAGGAUCACAUUUACCUCCGGCGCUCUUAUCGAGUUACCAUACAUCCGAUACCUUUCCCUGAAAAACUGCUGGUCUACUCCCCAUACUUUCCUUUAUGUCAUUCAAGCCAUGGCACGUCAGAGCUUGGCCGAUUUGAAGCUUGAGAGCGUCUCUCUCACGGGACUGCCCCACUGGAAGCCACCCGACUUGCCUGUGGCUGAAAGAGAAAUAGGCCAACAUCAUAGAUCCUCUCCGUUCUGGAAUUUGGGACAACCAAUCCAGAACUUUGGGUUCCAGGAGCCGGUCGACCAAGAUCCUCCGCGGGAUGAGGCUUUGGUCAGGCCGAAUCUCCUCACGUGGUCCGGUAUAAUUAACGUCCUCAGUGCUGGUCGUCGAAACCCAGCCUGGAUUCCUUGGCCAAAUCCGCCCAGUGACGAGAUGGACCCGUCCGUUAAGUAUCUCCCCUAUACUGAAGACCUUCCUACUGUGCAGAGAAUGGAGUUGGUAUCGUGCGGAUAUGCGGCUCUCGAUAAUGAGCUCGUGGGCAUACUUCCCGGCUCCGAAACCCUUCUCAUGACUUACUGGUGGAGCUCUAGUGAUUACCACUUGGUUCAUCCUCACUUCACCGAGGUACUAUCGGGAGAGGAGCACAAGUACGAGGACAUGCAAAACAAUGCGGACGAUCUCCUGGGCUACAUUUUCCCAGUCAUCCACCCCAGAGAAAUACGGAUCCUAAAGCGAGGUUUCGGCCUCCAGGUCGAUGGGGAGUACACCCCCUCUAAAGCCCGUUUAGCCAUGUUAAACGGUACUUCCGUGCCUAGAUACCAUCGCUUCGGCGGCGUGAUCUCCAAGCGACAUUCGUGA